GCUCCUCCUCCUUCUCCCGCAGCCUUCCGAGCGUGGGGUCCGGCCAAGGCAGCCGCUCCGAGCUUUCGAGGGAGGCGCGGAGCAAGGGCCGAAGGGCGGCGAGCGGCGCUGGGAGCGCCAGCGGGAGUGGCCGAGGAGCCAGCAGUAGCCGCGCGGCGGGCCCGGAGCAACGCGGCUGAAGCUCCUGCAAAGUUGGGCGCGCGCUCGCGCCUCUGCGCCGGCGGACCGAGCGAUGAAGAUGGUGGCCCCCUGGACGCGGUUCUACUCCAACAGCUGCUGCCUGUGCUGCCAUGUCCGCACCGGCACCAUCCUGCUCGGCGUCUGGUACCUGAUCAUCAAUGCCGUGGUACUGCUGAUUCUGUUGAGUGCCCUGGCUGAUCCAGAUCAGUAUCACUUUUCAAGUUCUGAACUCGGGGGUGACUUUGAGUUCAUGGAUGAUGCCAACAUGUGCAUUGCUAUCGCAAUCUCUCUUCUUAUGAUCCUGAUCUGUGCAAUGGCUACUUAUGGAGCAUACAAGCAACACGCGGCCUGGAUCAUCCCGUUCUUCUGUUACCAGAUCUUUGAUUUUGCCCUGAACACCUUGGUUGCAGUCACUGUGCUUGUUUAUCCAAACUCCAUCCAGGAAUACAUACGACAGCUGCCUCCUGAUUUUCCUUACAAAGAUGAUAUCAUGUCAGUGAAUCCUACCUGUUUGGUCCUUAUUAUUCUUCUGUUUAUCAGCAUUAUCUUGACUUUUAAGGGUUACUUGAUCAGCUGUGUUUGGAACUGCUACCGAUACAUCAAUGGCAGGAACUCCUCUGACGUCCUGGUUUAUGUUACCAGCAAUGACACUACGGUGCUCUUACCCCCGUACGAUGAUGCCACUGUGAAUGGCGCCACCAAGGAGCCGCCACCACCUUACGUGUCUGCCUAAGCCUGGAAGUGGGGCGUCACUGAGAGCAACAGCUUGACUUCCAUACAUCAGAGCAAUAGUUCUUCAAUUUUACUUCUCAGAUGAGCUCUCUGAGUUUAUUUUGUUGCUGAAAUGCUACAAUUUAAAAUUUUAGAUGUUGAGACUCUCUGUAGUUUGAAACAUAUGCUUAGCUAGAGCACUGUGAUAGAGUAACUGUAGAAUUCUUUCUGUGCGAGUGCGGUGGGCUCCCCUAGUCUUUGCUUGGCAUUGAAACUAGCCAACAGUCCGGAUGAACCUUCUGUCCGAGGAGUCUGUUGUAUGUGCUGAGCCCCAG